AUGGAGGGGAUGUUGGAUAUCAUUGGGGAGGGAAACAGAAUGAUAGUGCUGAAACAGACAAGUGGCUUGAAGAGAAAGACUCCUUUUAACGAGAACUGGAGCAGCGUAGUGAAGUCGGGAAGGACACCUUUGAGAGGGUCCCUGUCGCCAGACGCAUACUUCCACAUUUUAAGGUACAUCCAUUUCUACAGUUAUGUAUUUCUAAAAAAUACUGUGAUAAAAGUUGUGAAGGAAAGUGAAGUGAAAAAUGUGAAUAUAACUUUGCAGUAUUAUUGGCUAAAUAAAAUGUGCUACAGGGAAAUGAAGAUCUUUGAAAACAACUUGCUUGUCCAUAACAAUUUUGUCGUGUUCGAUUCACAAUUUAGCGACUUCGUGAAGCAUUCGCUUGAGUGGUACACACGUGGCAACACCUUGGCUAGUAGAGUUUUCAGCAGAACCAAUUACAUUCUAUUUGAUGGAAUAGAAAAAAUCAAGAUGUACUUACUCAAGCAUUACAAAAAAUUUCUAGCCUACUUGAAGGAAAAUUCGGAUAACAUUGUGGAGGAAAUUUGGACAGACAUGAAGGAAUUUAUUAAACACGUAGCUGAUGAGAAAAAAUUGCAACAUGUGAAGAAGCACAUCCUUUCCUAUCUGAAGAAAACUAAUUAUAAGGAUAUUUUCCCACAGGUUUUGAAAUGUUUUGAGAUAUAUAUAAAACAGUUAAAGCAUUUUGAACGAUUGAAAAAAAAAAAAAAAAAAAUGGCUUCCUCCGGAAAAGUUAUAUUUAAGGCAAUUUAUGAUUCGCAUAAUUUUAUUUAUCGUAAGAAGUCAAAAAAAAAUCGUAUUGGGUAUGUGGAAGAGGAUUUAUUUGCCAUUCCCCCUUUUUUGCUUCCAUCUGAUGGCCACGUAGAUACGGGGGGAGAGUUACAGUUGGGCUAUCCAGAGGGUGCCGCAAGGGGAGACACCAUUGAACUGAGAGGAAACAACCAUUUCCCUGAUCAGUACGUAAGUGUCGAACUAAAGUUGAAGUGCGGAAUGAAGGACUACAGUGAUAUGGUGGAUCGGUACAACAUACAACAAUUAAUAAAGCAGAGGAAUAGGCACUACAAACAUUUGUCCCUGUAUGUACCAAGUAAUUUUUUCGAGCUAACUUAUUGGGAGAUAUUUAGGAAUUUAAAUUUGGCUUUCCUAUCUAAUAGCAAUAAUGUCCAUCUGUAUGUGAAUGGUAAUAGGACAGUGGACACUGCGCUGCACUCGAUGGACCACUUCAGGCAUUUAUUUUAUAAUGAUCCUCUUGGUCCCUUCGGGGGGGAGAAGGAUCCCCAGGGCAAAUUGUACGUGGCCCACCUAAAUAGUGAUCGCAGCGGUAAAACUGUCCUACCUUGUGCAAGCACGGAACAGAUGAAGCAGACACAGCACAUAGAAGGGUCGUUUCCAGAGGGAGAGGUUACCACCGCAAAGGACAAACGAACGGAUGAGGACAUCAUGAAUGAUUACUUAAAGCAGUUGAAUCGGUUACAAAUGGAAAUGUCGUGGAAGAGCGCGAAUAGAUACAAUAUUUUGGACUACUGUCAUAGGGUUGGUUCAGACGCCUUUUUAGAAGGAGAAAACUGCGGUUUCCUUGCCAAGUGCGCCCAUGAUUGGUGGGCAUCGUCUAAAUGGCCUCAGAAAAAAAAACUCUCAUAUUUUGGUCACCCCUACAUGAACUACGCCUACCGAAACUAUAUUUUCAGCAACAAUUUUUUUUUCAAAUACGUCAUUCCGUGCACUUGCCAGGAGGUGCGAAAGGCCCUGUUGAGCCUAAAGAAGGGAGACUAUUCCAUGUGCCUCAAAAAAUUGGUCACUAUCUUCGACACCUAUAAGGAUAUUUACUACAUCAAUUUGAUUACCCUCCUGAAGAACGUGGCGCAUAUAAUUUGCGAACGAUGUGUCAUUGUAGCCCCAACGUACUUGCACCACAAUCCUUUUCUACGAAUUAAAAGGAAGGAGAACACCCUUUGGAAUGUCAAUUUGGCAGAGCUUGAGGAACAGAAUGGAGGAAAAUCCUCCUCUAAUAAUGCCCCUCAUCAUGGUAGCCAACGCCAUAACCGUGCCACGACCACCGACUUUAUCCUAGCAUGCCGUAAAAGCUUCCCCUUGAAGGAGUGGAAAAGAGAUUUACUGCUCUUCCUGAAAGAAGCACAAAUGGACAAGACGAAAUGGAAAAAAUUAUUGAAGGUGAAAUUCACUCAGCUGAAGGAAGUCUACAACGAAAUGAGUAACACAUACAGUAGUGUGUUCAACAAAUUGCAGGAGGAUUACCUGACCAUGCUUAUGCAAAAAUUGGGUGUACAAGAAAAAACGUGGAGUGAAGUGCGCAGUAAAGUUGAUGAAAUUUUCAUUCAUAGAAUGAAGAACGACUUUGUCUACCUCUACGAUAGGAAGGUUAAAACGAAUUAUUACUAUAACUGGUUUAUUACAAAUCAGUUUAACCUUACAGUGAAGUUGUACUUUCAGCAGUGCCACUAUCACCUCAGAGGAUUAUUGAAUCAAAUGAAAGUUAUGUACACAGAAAAAGGGUACGAAGAGCGGAUCAACAAAGCGAUUGCUCAUCUUCAAGGCAGAGUCAAAAAGGCACUCUGGAAUUUCGCAACAAAAAAUGAAUACAGUUUCGAAAUACGAGAAAUCUCCCAUUUAAGGCAGCAGAAUGGUGGAAAUGCCAACCUGAUAAACUACCUCCUCUUCCGUAAAAAUGAAUUGAACAAGGACAGGUACAGUGUGCAGACGAAGGCGAAAAAGGAAAGGCUAGUCAUGCUGAUAAACAUAAUAGAGAAGGAAAAAUUUUUAUUCUAUAAACUGCUGUACUUCCACUGUUUCAGUGCAGGACAAAUUCAAAUUGUCCACUGCAUGUUACUUUUGAUUAAAAUAUUUGAGAAAUUAUUUUUUUUAAAAAAAAGUGAAGAUAUAUUUUCCAGCUUUGCUUACUACCAUGCAAGUUUGGAGAACUUCACCUCCACAGACGGUACCAACAGCUAUAUUGAGGGGAAUAAGCACCUUUCCCGUUUUAUUGAUGUCAAGCGAAUUAGGGCUCUCUCACAAUGUGUGUUAAGCAACCCUCAGAAGAAGGGAAGUGAUGAACCCCUUCCCCAGGCGACGAAACGUAGGGGCACACCCAAACAUUCCGCCUUCACGUACCUACAGAAUACACACUUCCUUAUGGGCAACGAACUCAUUAUCGAUGCUAUAGGGGUAGUAAACAAAUUCACCAAAUCAAGGCUGAGUUAUAUACAGAGCGAAAUGAAGAACCAUACACGCAAGCUCUAUUAUGGACUCUACCGCAAUGUGAACCAAUACGCUAAAAAAUACAUACCCAUGUAUAAGCCCAGCUUGAAAAAGAAGGUUAACAGAAAGAAGCUAAUGCGACGCAUGUUAAGCAGCGAGACAUUGAUAACCAUGGAGCACUUUAAUUAUCUGACGAGUGAAUCACUUAAGUCCAAAUUGAACAAGAAGACAAUUAUAGUGAACAGGAAAAGGGAUAUUCCUAAGAAGGCCAUGAGGAUUUACAAAAAUAUGAUAUUUUUCAUUUGCCGCUUUUUAAUAAGUAGGACACUGUGUGAUAACAGCACCAUUUUUAAUAUUUACGCGAAGGAAGACAACAGAUACGACGAUGAGGAAGUACUCCAGCGGUUGGAAGCCAAUCGAUUCAAACCGUUAAUUGUGAAGCGAAGGGGUAGAAGCCGACGAUCACAGGGCGUGUCAAAUGUCACAUGCGCGAACGGUGUGGACCAACAGGAUGGUAACGCCAUGGACGGGGAAAAGGAAGCGAACAGUGAUCAGAAGAGUGUCGACUCUCCUCCUACCGCAUUGUGUACGAAGAAGAAGAACAAAAAAUAUAUUCCCACAAAAAGGUUCACGUCUUAUGCAUAUCCACUUAGAAGUACCCAUCUCCGAAGGGAAAAAGAAAAAUGCAGCAGAGAGGAUAAUCGCGAAUUUCGAAAAGUUGUGGAAAAUACCUACAUCCCACGAGGAAGUAAGAAAAUAUUUUAUCGCAUUAGUUUGAUUGACGUAUCUAUGAAGUCUAUAAGUAAAAUGAGUUACUGGGAGGAACAGAUGUCCCAGAUAAUUUCCCACUACAGGGAGUUAUGUGCGCUUUAG